AUGGAUGUUGAAUCGGCCGCGUCUAGGUUAGUUUCUUUAGGUCCUACUACCACUUUUAGGUGGAAUUCGGAAGGUAGUAGUGGUGGCCUCCUAGUUUUAGUUUGGUCUAAUGAAGUAGUAGAUUGCUUGUUUUCUUCUAAAAACUUUAUCUUAUGUAAGAUGAAUGAAUCAAAUGGUAGUUGGAAGUAUAUCUUGUUUGUUUAUGGUGAAACUCAAGUUGAAAAGAGAAGGAUAAUAUGGGAACAAUUGGAAGAGUUUAAAAAUGUUCUUGUAAUAGGAGACUUUAACCAAGUUGAAAGUGGAAGUGACAAACUAGGGGGUUCAACUAGAAUUAGAGGCUUGGAGGCCUUUCUGGAUUGGAGGUUUAGCAGCAAUGUGACAGAAGUUCCUUUCUCGGGCCCGAAAUUUACCUGGAACAAUAAAAGGGAGGGAGAUGAUUUGAUACUAGAAAGGCUCGAUAGGGCCUAUGUGACAGAGAAAUGGUUUGAUCACUCUCCGGAUGGGAGAAUUAUUCAUGAACCAAUUGUGUGUUCCGACCAUGCGACUAUUACUUAUCACGAACAACCUUCAGAAAUGGUCUCUAAUACGCCCUAUCAAAUUGAAAAUUGGUGCCUUGCUUUCCCAGAAAUCAAGGAUAUGGUGCAGCAUACUUGGAAUGAGGAGGUUUCAGGGUCUUUCAUGUUCCAGCUUUCAAGGAAGUUAGAUAGGCUAAGGUGUAAACUCCAAUACUGGUGUUUGGAACAUAAAAAAGUUUGGGGGAUAAACUGGAGGAAGCUUACUAAGGAUCUCAGAAGCUCUGGGAUGAACAUCAACUUAAUUCAGGAAGGGGAGGGGUACAUUCGGCAGAUAAACCACCUCAUCCCGGAAAGCCAAUUGAGUUUUAGUUUUUGGAAUCAAAGAAUGAAAGCGAACUGGAUUAGGUGCGGGGAUUGUCCAACACCCACUAUGUACAGGAGAGUGAAACAAAGGCAGUUACAUAACACAAUCUUAACCCUAAGAAAUGAGGAGGAUGCAUGGGUUGAGGGACAAAGAGAGGUUGAAGAGGUGAUCUUAUCCUCAAUCAAGGAUAUCUACAACCCGGUUUUGCUUGAGAAUCAUGGGGAAUACAUAGAUUUUCUACUUCGAUAG